AUGUCUUCGGCCGAGAUAUUCCCCAGCGAGAGCCUCGAUAAAACACUUGUGUUGGGAAAUCUGCUCUAUGGCACGGUGACAAAGCUCAGGGAGCUACGUCAGCGGAUGGAAAUUGCAUAUUCGCAGGAGCAUUAUCUCGACACCCCGUUGCUAAUGUCCCUUCCCAAGUUGGGCGUCCGUUUGAUGUUUGGCGCUGCAGGAACACAGCCCUUGCUUCUUAUCGAGGUGCUCAGCUUCGACUUCAUGAAGCUUUUGUACAAGGGCCACUACCUCAACGACAUCGUGUACCAUACACCGAGCGACGAGGAGCUAGUGCUGGGCACAGCGGAUGACACGCUUGUGCACUUGCAGCAAAACAAGCAUGUUCUGCCGCCGACCUUGAAAGAGGUGUACAACAAGAUCUUCGGGCCAACCUUCCCCGGGGAGCUCCACAUGCCGUCCCACUCGUACCUUCUCAGCUAUCCAGGGAUAGCCUUCCGCUUUGAGAUCCGGCUGGAAGACUUGUGCAGACGCAUCGCUGAUUUGGAGGACAAGAACCGCGUUCUCUCCCACCUCACCAACUGGGAGACGGCCACGGAUAUUCCGUGUGUGUCGUUGGCCAUCUUCGAAGGCGAGGACUACCCGUCGUUCAUCGGCAAGUUGCAGCACGGGCCGCGCAGCGAGCCUGUCGCACGGCCCUCGCACUUCUCGGAGUUGGCCGUCGAAAAGCUCCACGUCACGCUUAGCACCGGCACUGCGGAGUUGCGUCUUCUCGCCAAGCACCAGCGCAGCUCGGCGACUCUCACCAUUGGCGAGUCCACGCAGCAGGACGUGAUCCGCUUGCUUGGGCCGGCCGACUCGUACUUCAACAAAUUCGACUCCCGGCUCCUGAUCCACAAGCAUCUCCGGCCAGGACCGACGGAGUCGCCCGACGCGUGCUCGGUGGCCAAGUUCCACAACUACUUCCGCCACGGCAUCGACUUCCUUUACAACUUGAAUCCGGCCUGCGGCAACGGCGGGGUCUUGGAGAAGAUCGUGAUCCACAACGGCGGCAACAUCAAGUCGUUGGACUUCAUGCAUUGGAACAGGUGCAACUGGUCCAUCAGCACUUCUGCGGAGCGCGGCGCGGCGCAGGUGGACUCCGAAACGUACUUUGACGACUUCGACCCCGAGUUCUUUGAGCAGAUCGGGGGCGACAGCUCCCAGCCCGUGCUCUUGAACCGGGGCGACUCCGAAACCGCGGACGACUACGACCUCGAGCUUGUGUUAUCCGAGGAGCUUAAAAACGGCAGCUGCACAAACCAAGACGACGCCACGGUCUCGAAACAAGCCAAGACAUGGGGCCAGCUGCGCUUGCACGGGUACCAGAGGUGUAUCUUGGAGGUAAACGAGAGUAACAACUGUGUUUCGUGUGUCACGAUCUACUGA